CUACAUCUCCUCUCAUUUGGCGUUGAAAAAAGCAAAUCAUCUCUCUCCUUCUCCUCAUUCUCUCACACAGAGUCUUUUUUUUUUCUUUGCCACAACCAUACGAAAGCUUUAUUGAUAGAAAAGCAUAUACCUUUCUUAAUCAAUCAACGAGAUGGAAGAACAAUGGGUGGCUCCUUAAGAGAUUAAAGAUCUGAGCUGAGUUCUCUCUUUCAUCAUCUUUGUGAGCAUUAUACAUUUACUUUGUGUCUGAAUGGCGUCUGAGAAACCUAUCCAAGAUGCGACUGAUGUUAAUGGAUCAAAGAAAGAGGAAGAGAAUGUUGAUGUCGUUGGGAGUUCCAAAGACAAGAACGUAGCUGAGGUUCUUGACUUAUCUACCGAGAAAACUGAUGAAACUGUUCCUGUAAAGGAAGCUGAACUCCCUGAGCCUGGUGCUUCGGUGAAGAGUAAAACAGCUAAUAGAGUUGUUGUUAAGAAGAAGCCAGGGACCUUUUCUCGGAGCCCAAGGUUCCUUUCUCAGAGCUCUUCGUUUCCAGCUAGAGGAGGAGCUCGUGAUGAUAUCACUAGAAAGAGCAUCGAUGCAACAACAACAACACCAAAGGCUACUCCUAAACCCGUAGUUGCAAGCGGUUCCAGACCCAAGGCAACUGCGUCUCCAAGCAGCGGUGUCUCCACCAAACGCAACAGUUUAGUAUCUGCUGCACCCCUCAAAAAGCAAACUCUACCUGUGAAACCCAUUUCCAAGACUGCAGCAGCUAAAGUCCCUGCUUCCAAAUUGGUGGUGGUAGAUGAAGCUUCUAAAUCCAUUAAAGAUGAAGUGGCUAGCAAGAACACUGAAGAUGCUUCAUCAGCCACCGCUGUGGUGGCAGAGAAAGUAUCUAAACCAGUGAAAGGUGAAGUGGCAAGCAAGGAAGAUGACGACACCCGUUCAACUACCACUUCAACUUCAACACCUCGUGGGAGGAGAAGCAGCGUUGGUUCUGCUUCUGGAUUCUCAUUCAGGUUGGAGGAACGUGCUGAGAAACGAAAGGAGUUCUAUAUGAAACUAGAAGAGAAGAUCCAAGCCAAGGAGGUAGAGAAGACAACUUUGCAGGCGAAGUCAAAGGAGAGUCAGGAAGAAGAGAUCAAAAGGUUGAGGAAGAGCUUGACGUUCAAGGCUGGUCCCAUGCCUAGUUUCUACAAAGAGCCUCCACCUAAGGUUGAACUGAAGAAGAUACCAACUACUCGUCCUAAAUCUCCAAAGCUAGGACGCAGAAAGAGUAGCAGUGAUGGAACAACGGGAGGUGAGACUGUUCCUCGUGUUGUGGCAAGACCAAGAGACUCACCAUUAUCAUCAUCUAGCUUGAAGAAGACUAUAACAAAGUCUCAGCCAAAGACUGAGGCUCAAGAGAAGUCAGUGAAGGGCAAAGAGAGGAAGAAAGAGGAAGCAGAGAAAAGAAGAGAGGAGCAUAAGGCUUCUUCUACUGUGGCUGCUGCUAAACCUGAAGAGAAGAAAGAAGAAGAAGCAGAGGAAGAGGAAGAGGAGGUUACUUGCGUGGCUGCUAAACCGGAAGGGAUUAAACCGGAGUCCAACAACAUCCAAGUGAAGGCUGAGAUUAUGACAAGUGAAGUUGCUGUGGGAGGCUGAUAAAAAGCAAGAAAAGGCCUUUGGAUCUUGGCAUCAAUCUCUUAUCUCUUCUUCUUCUUUUUUUUUCAAAAAACUUUAGUGUGUGAAUAGAGUUUGUUGCAUUGCGUCUACUUUGAGAGUCACUCUGUUUUUUUUUUUUUUUAAUUUUGGAAAUUAAGCCUCAGAUUGUUUCUUUAUUUAAGUUAUGGUUUAUAUUAUUUGUUGGAUUAAAAAAAAUGUAACUUAUAUUUGUAUAAUGAGGACGGGAUGUGUGUGAA